GUGCAAAUGUGCGAGCAUUGUGUUUGUGUGCAUUUGUGAGUGUAUAUUUUUGUGCAUCUGAGUGUGUGUGUUGUGGAUCUGGGUGAAUGUACUGGUCUGCGUGUGUGUGGGUGUGCGUGUGUGUGCGCGCGUUGUGCGCGAGUGUGCGAGCGCGCGUGUGAGCGGGUGUGUGGUGCGUCCGGGGGCCUCCACCUUCCCGAUCCGCCCCAUCCCGGCGGGCGCCUGAGCAGAGGCAGUAGCCCGGGCCGGGGCGGGCGAGGGAGAGACGCGCGCCGGGGCGAGCGGGCUGCGCCACCGCCGGCGCCGCGCCGACUUUGCCCUUUAAAUCGCUCUCCAAGCCGAUUACAGCUGAGCUCCCACGUGACGUUUUACCUUCUGUCUCCCGGAGCGCGUUGCCCGAGGACAGUCCUUUCCCGGCUGCCGCCCCAGCCCGCCGCGGGGGCUCGCCUCCCGCAACUUUGGGCGAAGCGGCGGCCGGCUAGGGCGCCCUCGCGGGGCCGCGCUCCACGCGGGCGUCGGAGGCUCUGGGGGCUCCGGGGGCUCGGCCGCGAGGGUGGCGGUCAGGGCGGAGAGCGUGCCCUGGCCCCAGCCCGCGCCCCUGGCACCGCGCGCCGCCGCCUGCCGAAAGCGGCCGGGGUGCCCUGAGCGCGGCGUUGGGAAAGGGGGCGCCCUUCGCCGGCCGGGACCUGAGCGGGCGCGCCCUCGAGGGAGCCGGCCGGGCCAUGGCCGCGAGGCAGGGGUGAGGCGGGCGGACGCCCGCGCGCCCCGCGCGCCCGCACCAUGCAGAAGAGCGUGCGCUACAACGAGGGGCACGCCCUGUACCUGGCCUUCCUGGCGCGCAAGGAGGGCACCAAGCGCGGCUUCCUGAGUAAGAAGACGGCCGAGGCGAGCCGCUGGCACGAGAAGUGGUUCGCCCUCUACCAGAAUGUGCUCUUCUACUUCGAGGGCGAGCAGAGCUGCCGCCCGGCGGGCAUGUACCUCCUGGAGGGCUGCAGCUGCGAACGAACGCCCGCGCCACCCAGGGCCGGCGCCGGGCCGGGAGGCGUCCGGGACGCUCUGGACAAGCAGUAUUACUUUACUGUUCUUUUUGGCCAUGAAGGUCAGAAACCACUGGAGCUGCGCUGUGAGGAGGAGCAGGAUGGUAAAGAGUGGAUGGAGGCCAUUCACCAAGCAAGUUAUGCAGACAUUUUGAUUGAGAGGGAAGUAUUAAUGCAGAAGUACAUUCAUCUAGUUCAGAUCGUAGAGACAGAAAAAAUUGCAGCUAACCAACUCCGACAUCAACUUGAAGAUCAAGACACAGAAAUCGAAAGGCUUAAAUCAGAGAUUAUUGCUCUUAAUAAAACCAAAGAACGAAUGCGACCUUACCAAAGCAACCAAGAAGAUGAAGAUCCAGACAUCAAGAAGAUUAAAAAGGUCCAGAGCUUCAUGCGAGGAUGGUUGUGCAGAAGGAAAUGGAAGACCAUCGUGCAGGAUUACAUUUGUUCUCCUCAUGCUGAAAGUAUGAGGAAGAGAAACCAGAUUGUGUUCACCAUGGUGGAGGCAGAGUCAGAGUACGUUCACCAGCUCUACAUCCUGGUCAAUGGCUUUCUCCGGCCCCUGCGUAUGGCUGCCAGCUCUAAGAAGCCUCCCAUCAGCCACGAUGACGUCAGCAGUAUUUUCCUCAACAGUGAAACAAUCAUGUUUCUUCAUGAAAUAUUUCAUCAAGGACUAAAGGCAAGGAUAGCAAACUGGCCCACUUUAAUUUUAGCUGAUCUAUUUGAUAUUUUGCUCCCCAUGCUGAACAUUUAUCAAGAAUUUGUGCGUAAUCACCAGUACAGCCUCCAAGUUCUCGCCAAUUGUAAGCAAAACAGAGAUUUUGACAAACUCUUAAAACAGUAUGAAGCCAAUCCGGCCUGUGAGGGGAGGAUGCUGGAAACAUUCUUGACCUAUCCAAUGUUUCAGAUCCCCAGAUACAUCAUCACACUGCAUGAGCUCCUUGCUCACACACCCCAUGAGCAUGUGGAAAGGAAAAGCCUGGAGUUUGCCAAAUCAAAGCUAGAGGAACUGUCCAGAGUAAUGCACGAUGAAGUGAGUGACACUGAAAACAUAAGGAAAAACCUUGCCAUCGAAAGAAUGAUCGUGGAGGGCUGUGACAUCUUGCUGGACACCAGCCAAACGUUCAUCCGCCAAGGUUCUCUUAUUCAAGUACCUUCCGUUGAGAGGGGGAAACUUAGUAAAGUUCGCCUGGGUUCGUUGUCUUUGAAAAAGGAAGGAGAGAGACAGUGCUUCUUAUUUACAAAACACUUUUUAAUAUGUACAAGAAGUUCAGGAGGGAAGCUUCAUCUGCUCAAGACAGGUGGGGUUCUGUCUCUAAUAGACUGCACGUUGAUUGAAGAGCCAGAUGCAAGUGAUGAUGACUCCAAAGGUUCUGGGCAAGUGUUUGGGCACCUGGAUUUUAAAAUAGUGGUGGAGCCUCCCGACGCUGCCUCCUUCACUGUCGUCUUGUUAGCACCUUCACGCCAGGAGAAAGCCGCCUGGAUGAGCGACAUCAGUCAGUGUGUGGACAAUAUACGAUGUAAUGGUUUAAUGACUAUAGUAUUUGAAGAGAAUUCCAAAGUCACUGUGCCACAUAUGAUUAAGUCUGAUGCCCGUCUUCAUAAAGAUGACACUGACAUCUGCUUCAGUAAAACGCUCAACUCCUGCAAGGUGCCCCAGAUCCGUUAUGCCAGCGUGGAGCGCCUCUUGGAACGACUGACAGACUUGCGGUUUCUUAGUAUCGACUUCCUCAACACUUUUCUGCACACCUAUCGUAUUUUCACUACUGCCGCUGUGGUGCUGGGGAAACUCUCCGACAUAUACAAGAGGCCUUUCACCUCCAUCCCUGUCAGGUCAUUGGAAUUGUUUUUUGCUACCAGCCAGAACAACAGAGGUGAACACUUGGUGGAUGGAAAAUCUCCACGUCUGUGUCGCAAAUUCUCUUCCCCACCACCACUGGCUGUGUCCAGAACAUCUUCCCCAGUGAGGGCCAGAAAGCUGUCUUUGACUUCUCCCUUGAACUCAAAGAUAGGAGCAUUGGACCUGACGACUUCCAGCAGUCCCACCACCACCACCCAGAGCCCUGCUGCCUCUCCACCGCCACACACUGGUCAAAUACCACUGGAUCUCAGCAGAGCCCUCUCUUCUCCAGAGCAAAGCCCGGGAUCGGUGGAAGAGAAUGUCGAUAACCCCCGCGUGGAUCUGUGUAACAAGCUAAAACGAAGUAUUCAAAAAGCAGUCCUAGAGUCUGCACCAGCGGACCGAGCAGGAGUGGAAAGCUCCCCUGCAGCGGACGCCACAGAACUCUCACCUUGCAGAUCCCCCUCAACUCCCCGGCACCUCCGCUACCGCCAGCCUGGAGGACAGACAGCUGACAAUGCCCACUGCUCUGUUUCACCGGCCUCUGCUUUUGCAAUAGCCACAGCUGCAGCAGGACAUGGGAGUCCACCGGGCUUUAACAACACGGAGAGAACGUGUGAUAAAGAGUUCAUCAUACGGAGAACGGCUACCAAUCGAGUGCUGAAUGUCCUCCGUCACUGGGUCUCAAAGCAUGCACAGGAUUUUGAACUCAACAAUGAACUAAAGAUGAAUGUCCUAAAUUUGCUAGAAGAAGUUUUGCGAGACCCAGACCUUCUUCCCCAAGAAAGGAAAGCCACCGCGAAUAUCCUCAGGGCCCUUUCACAAGAUGAUCAAGAUGACAUCCACCUAAAAUUAGAGGAUAUAAUUCAAAUGACUGACUGCAUGAAGGCCGAAUGCUUUCAGUCCUUGUCGGCCAUGGAGCUGGCUGAACAGAUCACCCUCCUGGACCACAUCAUUUUCAGAAGCAUUCCCUACGAGGAGUUUCUUGGGCAGGGGUGGAUGAAGCUGGACAAAAACGAAAGAACGCCUUACAUCAUGAAAACCAGCCAACACUUUAAUGACAUGAGUAACCUGGUGGCCUCCCAGAUAAUGCACUAUGCUGAUGUCAGCUCCCGUGCCAACGCCAUUGAGAAAUGGGUGGCAGUGGCCGACAUCUGCCGAUGCCUGCACAACUACAACGGUGUGCUGGAGAUCACCUCGGCCUUAAACAGAAGUGCCAUCUACAGGCUGAAGAAAACCUGGGCCAAGGUCUCUAAGCAGACAAAAGCUCUAAUGGACAAACUUCAAAAGACGGUUUCCUCUGAAGGAAGAUUUAAAAAUCUUAGAGAAACCCUUAAAAAGUAUGUCUGUCUUAAUUAUUAAUUUAUUCAUAAUUCA